AUUAUUCUUCGGAACCAACCGGUCAACUAACUGCCCCCCCCUUAUCUUUCUGGCAUUUUCUCGGAGUUUAGAAUCCCGUUGGACUCGCUUCGCCGUUGUCGUCGCAUCCAUCAAGGUUUCCCUACUGAGGUCGUUGUGCACAUGUAAUGUCCAUUGAAGUCGACUGGGGCACCGCGACCUCGGGUCCGGACAGAGAAGCACUGGCCGAGCGCAUCCGCUCCUUCAUCCAUGACAAAUUCCAACAAGUGGCUCUGCCGCGCUUCAUCCGAUCCGUUCAGGUUCAUUCGUUCGACUUUGGCACCACCCCGCCGGAUCUCGAGAUCAAGGACUUCUGCGAACCGUUCGCCGACUUCUAUGAGGAGGAUGAGGAUGAUGAUACCUCCGUCUCCGGACACAGUGCGCAGUGGCAUGGGUCUCAUUCGGACCUUGACGAGUCCCCUUUCCGGGACGAGAGCCCUCUGAAUCAACCUCUCCGUGAUCCUUUCAAUGACCGGGCACAUCCCGCCACUGUGCGGCCUCCGAUUACUCUCGGAGAUCAUCUCAACCCGCAUUUCCUGCCUCGCACCGGCACCCCAGGUAUCCCCGGGGGGACAUCGACCCUGGGCUACCACCUGAUGUCUCUUGGUGGUCUUUCUGGGACGCAGACUCCCCUCACGGCAGUCGCAGGUGGAACCCCGUUCGCAAGUGGGUGGAGCGAUUCAAGAAUGAUGGGGCCUGGGGGCAGGGGCCGUCCGCCUGCUCCAGCCUUCGCCGCGGCGCACCAAUCACGCCCGGAGGCCGACAUUGAUGACAGCAAUCCCACUUCGCGUCCGUCAACAUCCAGCAUGCCCCCGUCUCAUCUGUCCGGGUCAAACAAGAGCGAGGGGGGUGCGGCAGGCAGUAUUGAUCAUGGCUCGCAUCCAGAGGACAAAGACCUCGAUGACCCCACCUCGGGUGAGCCGUUGCGGUUCCCUCGGAUGAGGGAGCGGAGGCCCGAAGAUUUCCAAAUCCUGUGCCAUGUCAAGUAUGCGGGCGACGUGCAUCUGUCAUUGACCGCAGAGAUUCUGCUGGACUAUCCUAUGCCAAGCUUCAUGGGACUGCCGCUGAAACUAAAUGUUACCGGGAUCACCUUCGACGGGGUGGCCGUGGUCGCGUACAUCCGCAAUCGAGUCCACUUCUGCUUCUUGUCUUCAGAGGACGCGGACGCGUUGGUUGGGUCCGAUCAACAGGAUGUAGGGGGCCAGACCGAAUAUUCACGGCCAGGCGCGGAUAGUACGGCCUCUGCAAAGCGACAGGGUGGUUUGUUACAGGAGAUCCGGGUUGAGAGUGAAAUCGGUCGCAAGGAGGAUGGGAAGCAGGCCCUCAAGAAUGUCGGCAAGGUGGAACGGUUUGUUCUUGCCCAGGUGCGGCGGAUCUUCGAGGAGGAGUUUAUCUAUCCAAGCUUCUGGACAUUCCUUGUCUAACGAUUCAGGAUGGACUUUUCGGAAUCAAGACAUUCUCUCUCUCUCUCUCUCUCUCCCCAUGACAUAUUGGAAAUGUACUUUGUUUCACCAUAGCACAUUUGAUCUGAAUUUCGUGCAUGUAUAUCCCUUAUCUUAGCGCAAGCUGUAUCUAUCUUGGUAUUAUCUUCAGCAGCAAUGACAUCAAGCAGAGGCAAGGCUGGC